AAGCAUGUUCGAGAUAUCAAAUAUAUGAAACUUUUGAGGAUUUUUAUGAGAAUUCUCUACGCAUGGCCUGAUAAAAUCAUCGAUAAUAAUCCAUCAAAAUACGCAUCCUAUGGGAAAUGUUAUAUAUUUUUCAUUGAGUUUAUUUGUCUACCACCUGGAAUUCUUUAUAUAAAACGUAGUAUUGGAUCAAUUUCAUUUCUUGACUUAGGUCGUACUUAUAUAACUGUAUUCAUGAAUGUUGUCGCUGCGCUACGAUUAAUUCUAAUAUUUCUGAAACGAUUCGAGAAAAUCGUUGUUGAUUUUAUUAAUAAAAUACACCUUUUUAACCAUAGAAACAGAUCUGAAUAUGCAAUGCAGACCCACAUUCUGGUACACAAGGUGUCUCAUUUCUGUUCUAUUUAUACAUGUCUGGCGAUGAUCUUCGGAAUAAUUCUCUUCACAUGCACUCCACUUUACAAUAACAUAGUAUCUGGAGCUUUCUAUAAUUACAAAACGACAAACGUUACUUUCGAACACUCGGUUUAUUACCAGCUACCAUUCGAUUAUGAACACGAUAUCAGAGGCUAUAUUACAUUGUUUAUGUUCAAUUGGUAUAUAACACUUAUAUGUUCUUCUUGCUUUUCUACAUUCGACUGGUUAAUGGCUCUAAUGAUUUUCCACGUUUGGGGACAUUUGCAAAUACUAAUUCAUAGCUUGGAAAAUUUCCGAAGACCUGCGACCAAACAUGGUGAAAUCGGAGAAUGGUAUUCUGAGGAAGAAAUGAAACUAGUUUCAUCCGAACUGAAGGAGCUUGUUACAUACCACAAUCUUAUUAUAGAAUUUACGUCAAGAAUGAAGGAAAUUUUUGGUCCAGUUAUGAUCCUUUAUUACACGUUUCACGUUGUGAGCGGGUGUAUAUUACUAUUGGAGUGUUCACAGAUGGAUUCGGUAGCCUUAAUCCGUUACGGCUCGCUAACCUUUUUGAUGCUCCAACAACUGGUACAAGUGUCAGUAGUGUUCGAACUUUUAGGAACUACGAGUUACAAAUUGAUAAACGCAGUUUACAGUGUACCAUGGGAAUGCAUGGAUAAUUCUAACAGAAGAAUGGUAUAUUUGAUGAUGAUACAAUCCCAAAGAAUGUUGGCGAUUAAAGCUAUGGAUAUGGUUAACGUCGGAGUAGAAACUAUGGCUGCGAUAAUAAAGACAUCAGUGUCAUACUUCAUUAUGCUACGCACACUUUCAGAGCUGGAUUAA